UCUUCGUCACUUGAAAGUCAUUCGGAUAUAUUAUUGUUAAUAAUAGUAGCGAAUGGCAUAUUUGUUGACACCAGAAAGGCUCGGCUGUUCAGGCGAGGCUGAGAUCCCGCAAGUGCCAAGUCAUUUUUCUAGCGAAUCGUGGCCUCCCCGCCUUCGUUGAGUCAAUCCUAAAUUCCUCAGCCUUCACAUCCUCCUGUACCACACAAGGCCGGAGACACAGUCGUAUCGAGUCAGACGAAACAGGCAAAGUCCAAGUGCCUACGAAGAACAUAAUAUGCGCAGCGACUGAAUGCUCUUUUUCUCCAACCUUGUCCGCAUCUCUGCACGGAAACCACACGUCUUUCGAACUUCCCGCAUCGCCAGCCGCACUUUUUCUACGGAGAUGGAGCAAUUGAAGGUCCACAACUCCCUCAAGCCUGGAGCGCCAGUGCCUUUCAUUCCCAAGGACGAGGGAAAGGUGUCCUGGUAUGCCUGCGGACCAACUGUCUACGAUCAUUCGCAUUUGGGCCACGCUAGGAACUAUGUCUCGACGGACAUCAUACGGAGGAUAAUGCGCGACUACUUUGGCUAUGGUGUCAAGUUCGUUAUGAACAUUACGGACGUGGAUGAUAAGAUUAUCCUGAAGGCGCGGCGACAAAGGCUGCUGGAGCUUGAGAAAGCGAAGACAUAUUCCGAGUCCGACCUCUCCAAAUUGGCUGUCACGGCGUUCCAAUUAUAUGCGGAAGGAAACCUACCAGAGCUAUUGAAGGGUGGAGAACUAAGUCCGACCAACUACGUGGAAAGAAGAGAUGCGGCAUACGGCACGGUUCUUGCUGGGGGAUCGUUGACUGGAGAGAAACCUGGAGAUGCUGAGGCCAAGAUGAAAAUGCACCUGGCGAACUUGACUGCAGCAGCGACGGCCAUACAAGAGAAGAAAGUGUUUGGAGGAGCAGACGAGGUUCUGCUCCCAUACUUGGACUCGCUGUACAAGGAAUCGAUUGAUGGAACUGACCAUACAAUUUUCACGGAUGUUACAAAGUACUGGGAGGAUCAAUUUAUGGGGGAUAUGGAUGCUCUGAACGUCCUACGACCAGAUGUCAUUACUCGGGUGACGACAUACGUUCCCCAGAUUGCGGACUUCGUGGAGAAGAUCAUUCAGAAGGGCUUUGCAUACGAGACCGAAGGGUCAGUUUACUUCGAUAUCGCGGCAUUUGAGAAGGCGGGAAACCCAUACGCACGAUUACGGCCAGAAAGCAAGAAUGACAAGGCAUUGCAAGAAGAGGGUGAGGGCUCCCUGUCGAAAAACGUUGGUGGGAAGCGUGGCGCGGGGGAUUUCGCUCUUUGGAAGAAGUCGAAGGCUGGUGAGCCUGUUUGGCCAAGUCCUUGGGGAGAGGGAAGACCCGGCUGGCAUAUUGAGUGCUCUGUCAUGGCCUCGGAUAUUCUUGGAUCAGAGAUGGACAUUCACUCGGGAGGAAUUGACUUGGCUUUCCCACAUCACGAUAACGAGCUUGCCCAGAGUGAAGCUUACUUCUGCAGCGAGCAUGGCCCUCAUAAUUGGGUCAGAUACUUCAUGCAUAUGGGUCAUCUGUCGAUAUCGGGAUCCAAAAUGUCGAAGUCCUUAAAGAACUUCCAGACCAUCAGAGAUGCGCUGAAGGACUACACGCCUAGAGGGAUGAGAGUCGUUUUCUUGAUGGGGAGAUGGAAUGAUGGUGUUGAGAUUUCUGCGGAUAUGAGGACAAUGGCCGAGGUCUGGGAGAGCACUGUCAAUAACUUCUUCAUCACUGUGAAGUCAUUGAUCGCCGAGGCUGGUAGCCCAGCGGAUGCAUUAAAGUCUCUUUCUCUGAAUGGCACUGGUGAAGGAUUUGUGCCAACUGUUGAGAAGGCACAAGCCGAAAUGAGGUCUGCACUCACAGACUCAUUCGACACCCCUCGUGCAAUGCGCGUCAUCUCCGAGUUGAUCAAGGAGGCCAACAUUCACAUCGGAACGCACAAAUCGGAUCUCGACAUCAAGGGGCUGGAGGAUGCUGCUCGCUGGGUGACGAAGAUGGUUGGCAUCUUUGGUCUAGAUUCGAAUGCCUCGCCGCCUUACGAGGGACUCGGAUGGGUCAAUGUCUCAAGCUCAAACUUGACUCCCAAGGAAGUCGUUGCUCCAUACGCCAAAGUAUACGACUCCGUCAAAGCAGAGUUGCAGAGCCUAUCUUUAAAUUCAGAGGUUCUUGACCGAAUUCUGGCUGCUAAUGUAGACUUGGAAUUCUCUGCUCUUGAAUCUGCUGGUACCAAGGAUCCUGAAGCCCUUGCUAUGCCAUAUCUUCGUGCUGUGGCAAAGGUACGCGAUGAGCUGAGAAGGAUUGCGCCAACCUCGCAGUCGAAGAAGGAGAUUCUUGUUCUCUCCGACCAGAUCCGAGACAACGAUCUCACUAAUCUAGGUGUGUACCUGGACGACAGAAGUGACGGCCAGAGCGCCUUGAUCAAGUUCAUCCCCAAAGAAGAGCUCCUCGCGCAGAAAGAGGAGAAAGCCGCUAAAGAACGAGAGAAGCUGGCUCAGAAGGAGAAGGCUCGCUUAGAUCGCGAGAAGGCCGAACUUGAGAAAGCAGAGAAGGCGAAACUCAGUCCAGCGGAUAUGUUUCGGGAUGAGCGGUUCAGUGCUUGGGAUGCGGAUGGGAUGCCGACCAAGACGAAGGAGGGUGAGGAUGUGCCGAAGAGUGCGUUGAAGAAGCUGAAGAAGGAGUGGGACAGGCAGAAGAAAAUGCAUGACGAGUGGAAGGCGAAAAAUCCUUGAGACAUAGUAGGGCCACAAAAAUUUGACCAUUGCUUUGCUUUGACUGCGCCUUGGAAAGGUGCUGGAUUAUAAGCAUUCUAUUACCCCUACUUGAAGAGGCACGCCACGGAAUCAGUAUUCGAUCGUGUCUUGGUCUUCGGUAUGUUGCUAAUUUCUAUGCUACCUAAAGCGAAGCGCCGAUCAGCGAGAAAUACAGGUGAUCUAGUGCUCCAGACAUACUGAGUUCUGGCGAGCCUCACAUAUUCAGUGAUAGGCUGUAGUGACUGCCAUAGGGGUCUUUAGGCUGCGCGGCGAAUUGCAUUUGAGGAGAUAUACCUGCUGGUCCGCGCCUGAGAGGGGUCCAUCACCCGAGCCAGAAUUACCUGUCCUCUUAAUUGCUCCUACCCCUUCCUUGAAGGGUAACCUUAGUAUAAGUAAGAGAAAUCCGGUAAUGUCGGACUUAAAAGGGUAUCAGUCUCUACUCUUGGUUCUAUGCUAGACUUGUGUAUCUGAAGUUCGUGCUGUUACUUAAAAGGGGCGUAUCCACGCGUGUAUGGCCAAGGAUGAAGUAAAGCUCUUGAGUGACGGAUCGAGCGUUGCAAAGCUUGUGGAUGUGAAAAAACAAUGAGGUAGGAGAGACGAAAUUGGGUUGCUAGGACAAUGAACAGUGGGCAACCAGUGCUUACGAGCUAGAAUAAGGCAUGGGUAAAAAGUAGUAAGUUAUCCCCUAUAGUCUAGGCAAGUACCUCGAAUAGAGUCUGAUGCCCUUUUGAUUAUGACUUUACUAAAUCCCUCUCACCUUUAUGUAAUCAACAGAUAUUCUAGUAGUUGUCCUCAACUGGACUUUUAAGUUUGAGAGUCUCGUACCGAUAGCGUCCAAUUCUCCCUGCUCUUCUUUCGCUGUUGUAUAUCCGCUUGGAAUGUCUUCUUCCUAUUGCGAAAGUGAAACGUGAACCUGUUUAUUAUGCGAGUAAUAGUGUGUAACUCCAGCUUAUUGUCCUUUUUAACUAGCUUUCGCUGCUAUGUAAGACAGUCUACUACUCUUGAAUGCGACUUUACGUAUGCGAGUAAUAGCACUUCUUACAAUCGGAUCUUCUUACUUUAUUUGUGUGUUCCGCUCUCCCAGCUUUUGUCGUUGUAUAGUAGUAUCCAUUUAUCGAGAAUUGAUAUAGAUUUGACUGUUAGACUGCGGACACUGAGUAUUCU